AUGUGGAAGUUCCGUCGGAGCCCAGGGAGGAGGAACCGCGUGGAGAAGCCCGUGGAAGGAAACAUCGUUAGCGGAAUGAAGCUGUCCCCGGAGGCUAUCAACGAUGUUUCCGGCGUCUCUUCCGGCUCGCAGCUGCUGAAGCACGUCUCGGACCUGAUCAUCAGGCACGGAACGAAGGAGGCCGAGUAG